AAUGAAGGAGACAUUGUUGUUCCUAUUUUUAGUGUUCCUUAGCUGCGAUGGAAAAUUAUCAGAUAAAGAAUAUGCACAGAUGCCAGAAUUAUUUCACAUGGACAACUAUGAUAGAUGCAUGUUGAGAGGCGAUGAAAGUUUUUUCUGCUCAUUCGAUUAUCAACUGGAGCCACUGGAUUUUAAUAACGUUUCUGACACGUGGAAAAUCAUACAAGAUGCGAUUUCCAACAGAAUGAACUAUAGACAUGACAUAUUAAGACAUUAUAUUUGUAUCCGGGACCAAUGUCCACAUAUUCCCAUCAUGGAUGAGGAUGAUCCUAAACUAUGGAAGCUGAUUGAAAACUGUUACAAUGAAAAGUUUGUGCAUCAAGGACUAAAAGGACGAAUUACACGGAUGCUGUGUGACACUCAAAAUACUAAUAGAUAUCCUAUUGGUGUGUUUGAGAUUGUUGUGGCAAUAAUACUUAUUUUGUACAUUUCGUACGUUAUAUUUGCCACAUUUCUGGAAGGAGUACACAGGUACAAAAGUGAAGAAGAAUAUAACAAAUUUUUACACUCACCAUUGGGAAAAGCUGUUGCACCAUUUUCCUUAACCAUAAACUGGAUACGACUUAAAACAGUAAAGGAAAGUCCGGACAUUGAAAGGCUGCGAUGCAUACAAGGAGUUAGAACUUACAACUUACUUUUAGUUAUACUGUCACACACAGCAUUAACAAAUUUAGCAGUACCAGUUACAAACACAAAAUGGCCUGAAAGUAUUUCAGAUAUGGUUAUAAAUUUAUUUUUAUCCAGUGGACCUUUGUGUGUUUCAACGUUUUUCUUGAUGGCAGGAUUUUUGCUGGCCUACGGUUUGUUCGAGUAUUCUGAAGGAAAAAAAGAACUGAAACCCAAAGAAUUAGUACUGAUAUUUAUCAAUAGAUGUAUAAGACUAACACCUACAUUGUUGUUUGUACUAUUAAUUCAUGCAACGUGGCUCCCUCACAUAUCAAAUGGACCGCUUUGGGAUCAAAGUAUAGGCCAUGAGUACAGAAUUUGCAGGAAAAAUGGCUGGACAAACCUAUUAUAUCUCCAAACCUACAUCAAUAAGGAAGAAAUGUGUAUGAUGCAAACUUGGUAUUUGGGAGUGGACACUCAAUAUUUCAUCCUAGGUCUUAUCCUUAUGUAUUUUAUGAAAAAGUAUGAGAGUAAAAUUCCAUUGAUAUUGGGGUCGUGUUUAGGAAUCCACAUUAUUGUAACUUUCGCUGUGAACUACAUCAAUGAAUAUGAAGCCACUUUAUUUCCGGAACCAGAGGUAUUCUACGUUCUAAAAUUCCCUCACCUAAGUCAAUGGCAUUCCCAAUUAACAGCGUCCUACGGAAAUAUUCCGGGUCUAGUUAUUGGCAUGGCAUAUGGAUACAUAUACUAUAAAUAUAAAAAUGUCAACUUAUUCACCAAAAAGAUUUAUGUAGUAUUAUGGUGGAUAAUAUGUUUGUUGUUACCCUUAGGAAUUAUAAUAUUUCCAGGAUUAAUUAUCUACAACAUUAACACUGAAAAAAAUAUAUUUUGGGCAUCAGUGUAUGUAUCUCUUUGCAGAACAGUUUUUACCACUGGAAUAGGUUUGCUUAUUUUUGGUGUUUCUCAGGGUAUUGGAUGGAUAGUCAAAAUGUGCCUGGAAUGGAAACCAACUUAUAUUCUGGGACGAAUAGUUUACAGUUCAUUUUUAAUACAUGUGGCCUUAAUAAAAAUUAGACCAGCUUUAAAACGAUACCCUAAUUAUAUUGAUGAAUUCAUUUUGUUUAACGAUUGGCUGGCUGACAUUUUCAUGGCAUUCCUUGCUGGAUUAUUGCUAACACUGUUUGUUGAAAUGCCCUUAUCAGAGUUACAGAAAGUGUUUGUUCCGCAAAAGGUGACUAAGGAAAAGACACAACAACCAGAAAUUGACAAUAACAAUAAAAAGUUAAAAUAAAAUUAUACUAAUUAC